AUGGCCGCCGGGCAGGCUCGCGUCACUCACAGUCUCCAGUUUCCUAUGCAGAUGAAGAGACGACAGACCUGCCAACUGGCAACUCAACGCAGAUCCUGCAAAAAUUGGUCAUUCCUGGUAGGCGAAAUCACCCGCAGCUCACAAGAGGUUAAGGCUGAAAUACAGGCCCUGGGAGCACGUACAUCGGACCUAGAACAAUGGGUCAAAGUGAUGGUACAGGCCCAUAACUCCGUAGUUCAGCACUCCACCUCCAUGGAACAACAAAUCACUAACCUGGAGAUGCAAGUGGAAGACUUCUCUAAUCGCUCGAGUCAAAAUAACUUAAGGAUCAGAGGGCUGCUGGAGACACCAAACGAGGGCCCUCUCAUACCAACCAUGGAGGCCUAG